CGCCUACACAACGCGUGCGGCGUCGUGAGCGCCCACGUGCACGCUUCUGUUUACGUGCGCGCCCGUAGUUCUGCGCUUGGUGUCUUGGAUUGUUGUGGAUUACGUGCAUAACAAGACUGUGUAGUGAUAUACUGUGUGGUGGUAUCUUGUGUGGAGAUACGCUGUGUUAUUUUCUUUUUCGGAUUUUACUGUGUGCGCCACGAUUUACAGGAUUCUUGGGGAUACAGUUGGCAGCUGUUUAAUAUCGACGUGUUUUAUUGCAAAGUGCUCGGUCUGGAUAUUUAUCGACAAAAAGAAGGUCACUCUGGAUAUUGUAUUUCGUCGGUACAUCCCAAGAGGUCUAAUGUGAGGCUGUUCUCGACGACAUCUUCGUUGAUGGGUUGUUCGUGGAUCCCCGUCCGCCACCACUAGCCCCCUGAUCCACAAGCCAUCCGGUUUUCGCUCCGAAGAAAUGGUGCCGUGAACCGGUCCGCCUUCAGCGCUUAUAUUACAGAAUCGACGCAUUAAGCUUGGAAGGUGCACAGCUAGGAGAAAUAGUGCUGCCGCAGUUCAGUGGAACGAUGUCCUGGCGGCUAUCGUGUGUCCAGUGUUCAGCUGGCGGUGGCCCGGACCGAGCUCCGUUCCGGUCCGAGGCGGCUCACGUUCCCGGGAUGGCGGCUGCAGAGUGAUUGGACGGCCGCGCGAUGUCGCCCUCGGCGGCUGGCGCUCCUCAGGGCGCACUCACAGCGGUCGCGUUCCCGCCGCUGCCGAAGGGCUGCACCCUUCUCAGGGCAGGCCUUUAUGUCAGGCACAUGCGCCAUCGGCGUGUCUUUGCCAGGCUGUGCCAGUACUUGCUGCUGGCUAUCCUGUCUGUGACAGUCGUCAUCAACGUAAUGUUCAUCAUGGACACAAGUCGGAAAUUGCAGGAGGAAUCCCCAUCCAUAGAUCAAAAUUCAGGAGGAGAAGGGAGGCACGGAGGACUGCGUCUCCAAGAGAGCCUUCCGAAGACACUCACGACCGAAGUGGUAUCCAGUCAGUCUAAAGUCUCCAUCACUAUAGAUGGAACGACGAUACUCGAUGACUCUGAAGAUAACAAAGGUCGUGGAAUACAUGUCCUUGUGCUCAAUCAAGCUACAGGGAGCGUGAUGGCUCAGCGCAUGUUUGACACAUAUUCUCCCCACGAAGAUGAAGCUAUGGCGCUCUUCCUGAACAUGGUGUCGGAUGGUAGAGUCCUCAUCUUCACAAUUAAGGACGAGGGAACCUUCCAAAUGAAGCAGCCAGCACGUGACUUGCUGAAGCGGUUAGGAAGCAAGAAGUCUCACGUCAUUGGAUGGCGUGAUAUGUGGACAAUGGUUACUCAGAAAGGAGGUAAAAUGUUCGGAGAAUCGUACAGCAAAAGCCCAGAGUUCAAUAGCUGGGGUGCCCCUGUUGUGCUCAAAGUAGAGGUACCUCUAGUGCCUGUUGAAGAAAGUGAAUGUGAUUGGCAAGACACGGAAGAAAACCAACGGCGGCGUGCCUUCUGCAAUCAUAUCGAGGGCUAUGGCAGCGUCUGCAGCUGUUCGGAUCCGGCACCAUUGUCCUUCAGUCCAGAGCCGAUAACAAACAACCGGAUAAAGGACGUUCCGGUAGCCAUCAUAGCCAGCAACAGGCCACACUACUUGUACAGGAUGCUGAGGUCUCUGCUCUCAGCACAUGGGGUCAACCCAAGAAUGGUAACAGUAUUUAUUGAUGGGUAUUUUGAGGAGCCGCUUGAAGUCACAAAAUUGUUCAACAUACGCGGAAUUCAACACACUCCAUUGGGCCUGAAGAAUGCUCGCAUUUCUCAACAUUACAAAGCUAGUCUUACUGCCACGUUUAACCUCUUCCCAGAUGCCAAGUAUGCCAUUGUGAUUGAGGAAGACCUGGAUGUGUCGCCAGAUUUCUUUAGCUAUUUUAGUCAAACCCUGAGACUUCUUGAGGAAGAUGAGAGCAUCUACUGUAUCUCAGCAUGGAAUGACCAGGGCUAUGAACACACAAGUGAGGAUCCGUCUCUCCUGUAUCGAGUGGAAACAAUGCCAGGCCUAGGAUGGAUUCUUAAAAAGAGCCUCUACAAGGAAGAGCUGGAGCCCCGAUGGCCCACUCCGGAAAAGCUCUGGGACUGGGACAUGUGGAUGCGUCUGCCAGAUGUUCGCAAGGGACGCGAAUGCAUCGUGCCGGACAUAUCGAGGACGUACCACUUCGGUUCCUCUGGACUCAACAUGAAUUCCUACUUCCAGGACGUCUACUUUAAAAAGCAUGCUUUCAACACCCUUCCUCAUGUGGAAAUUAAGGGUAUCGAUAGCGUAAAGAAGGACAAAUACGAGGAAGUCAUACACAACCUCCUCCGCAAAGCAAUCGUGCUCGACCACAGCAAAAGCCCUUGCGAGGAAAAUUUUGUGCCGGACACCAAAGGUGAAGUGUACGUGAUGUUCAUCAAGAUGAACGGGCUCAGGGAUUUUUCUACGUGGCUACAGAUUGCAAAGGUAAGAUCGGAAGGGGAAAAAAAAUACCUCGUUAAGCAUUAUAACACACGGCUGCUCGUCAUUUUGCACGAUUUACAGUGUUUCAAAAUAUGGGACCUUGACUCAAGGGGAUAUCAUAAGAGCAUGUGGCGGUUCUUCAUGAAGGGUAGUCAACUGUUGGUUGUUGGCGUGCCAAACUCCCCAUACUCGUCUUUCAAGCCUGCCAAAGUGACUCCCAUCUACUUAGAGGGUCAAAAGAUCGACAAAGACAGGAUACGAUAGCAGGAACACAAAGGUGUUAUCUGCUAGUGUUCGAAGCAUACUCUGCGGCAUUGCACCACGACGCCAUUCUUUGACCGCGACUAGGACUCGCGGAAGUUGUGGACGUGCUCACACUCCAACAAUGUUGCAAGCAAAGCACUGUUUCAUUACCUCAUCGAAACAAUGCUUGCGAACACUCAACCAGCUUGCAAGGAUACAGGCACCUUUUAUUAUGUACAACGAAUUUUUUUUCUAUACAUCAGUGCCAGUUCAGCCCAUCUUCUGGAACACUGUGUGAAUGGCAAAGGAAUUUUGCUCACGAUUUCCAGAAGGCCACCUCGCUCUCAGGAACAGAGCCGAGGUCCAGCUGUGUAAAGGACAAAAGUGCAGGCAUAAGACUGUGUACUCAUUACAGCGCGGACAUCCUGUGCAGCCUCAGGGAUGGCAAAACACAUCAAGUCACAUGUAACGUGCCAUCAGUGUGGCAGUAAAAGAGCCUCUUAGAUCAAUGGA